GUGGGAGUUCACGGAGUUAAAACCUAAAAGCUUAUGUCCGUGUGUUUAUUAAAUCAAAGCAGAGAUGUAGCAUUCCCUCGUUGUGAAUGUACACUGGCCAGUUUAACUUUAAACUGAAUUCUGCUGCUGGCGGCAGGUUUGGGCGUUUAGACGUUGACAAGGAAGAAACUACGCAAGCGUAAAAGUCCAAAAUCAUGGUUUGUCUCCUGUGGCCACGGGUUUCUCCAAGAUCUCUGCUCUUCUUUCUGUUUUUCUUCUUUUGUGGGACUUCUUCACUUCAAGCAGAGAGACACUCGCUGUAUUACAUUUACACUAGUUUGUCCAAACCUGUGGAUCUGCCGGGCAUCUAUGACUUCACUGCUAUGGGUCUGCUAGACGACACACAGAUUGAAUAUUACAAUAGUAAAGAAAAGAGAAAGAUUCCCACACAGCGCUGGAUGAAGGAGAAAAUGCUGGAGGAUUACUGAGAAAAAGGCACUCAGUCGAGAAAGAGCAAAGAACAGUGGUUUAACGUCAAUAUCAAGAUUCUGAUGGAGCGCAUGAGGCACAAUCAUUCAGAUCUUCAUGUUCUUCAGUGGAGACACGGUUGUGAAGUUGAGCAGCAGGGAAGUCAAGUGAAGUUUCUCAAAGGUGUUUCGGAGUACAGCUAUGACGGAGAAAACUUCCUGUCUUUUGAUGAUAGAGAGUCUCAAUGGGUCGCCCCAGUUUACGCAGCUCUACCAACCAAGAGAAAAUGGGACAGUGUGCCGAUCCUAAACCAAUACACCAAAGGUUACCUGGAGAAAGAGUGUGGGGACUGGCUCAACAAAUUCAGAGAAUAUGGAGACGAGGAGCUCAGAAAUGGCCCGCCUCCAGAUGUUCAUAUAUUUGCAAAGAAGUCUAUCAGUGACAAAACCAAGCUGACACUGACCUGUCUGGCCACCGGCUUCUACCACAAAGACGUGAUGCUGACCAUUAGGAGAUAUCGCAGAUCUCUGCCUGAUGAUGAGAUUGAAUCCUCAGGAGUCAGACCAAACCAUGAUGGAUCCUAUCAGCUGAGGAAGAGUGUGGAGAUCAAGAAGGAGGAAAGAGAUGAAUAUGAUUGUCUUGUGUCCCAAAGAACCCUCAAAGAACCAAUCAUCAUCAAAUGGGUUGGAGCAUGCAUUGAUUGCCAUGUAAAUGUUUGGAUUGGAGUUGUGAUUGCAGUUGUGAUUGGGCUGGCAGGUGUUGCUUCUGUGCUUUACGUCUUAGUGAAGAAAAAGAUCAUUGUUUUCAGAAGCAGAAACCCACCAGAACCAGAUCGGGAUGCUGGAGUUCCUCUAAAUAAAGGACUCCGACAGACCGACACUAGUAUUACAGCAAAAUCAGCACUACAAUCUGAUUUAGAGAGAUGCGAAUGCGAUAUUGGUCAAUAUAUCGACACUAUCAUUAUUGUGGAUCCAAGAUGGCGGCUUAGAGAGUCAAGUUUAUCAGACUGCGGACCAAUGCACAUUUAACAGAGGUGCCCAUUUUUUUCUUUGGUGCUUGUUGCACUGUUUUCUAUCUGCCUCAAAGAAACACUAAAAUCUCAAGCAACCAGAGCUGAAUCAAAUGCUCAGGCUGAGGAUAAUGCUGCUGUUAGUUCAGAUGCUAACACUAAUGUUUCUUACCCCGCCCUGCGCCAGAUUAUCACGUUUCAAAACAGAGUUUUGCAUCAACAUAACAACUUGAUGACUAUGAAAAGCAAAUCAUUGAAACUGGGAGCUGAAUCUCACUUAAAUCGAGGAAAAACUGGAGGCGCUAGAUGCCGUCAGGUGCUUGUGGGGCUCUGGCUGCAAUUUUAGUUUAUAUGCUGUUGAAUGUUUUAGGUUUGAACAUUGUUACGAGUAUAA